AUGAGGUUAAAAGGAUCGACCACGUAUAGUGACGGUGACAGCCGUGAGAUUGAAGAUAUCUUUAGCGAGGAUGUUAAGGACCCUUCGAUGUACAUGAUAAUAUCAUCGGACGAAGAUGAAGAGGAACAUAUGUAUGAGUCUACAUGUACACCUAUAAAAAGCACAUCGGUGGAGCGACGAACAAAUCGGGACCAUGAUUUUCUCAGUGCCAAGGUAUGCCGCCAAUAUAGGCUUAGAGAGGAACUAUAUCAACGUGACCUCAAGGCGGAUGCCAUACUCUCACAAAUCAACCAGUUUUUUGAGCAAUCAAUGGCGUCACUUGUCUCUGCAGGAGCUAAAACCCCUGACGACGUAAACACGCCAAAGGAUCACUGUGAACAAACACAGGAAAACGUGCGUCCUACAGAAUCGAAGGACGCUAAAACAGGGGAUAGUAUUGUGGUACAAGAUAAUUGCAACCUUGCUGUGGAAAUUUACCGGGAUAUCAGAAAACGCAAGCGUAAGCAAAAUACAAAAUAUUAUUUUAAUGAAGACCCUGUGUUAGGCGACACGAUAACGGAUGAAGUCGGUACGCCAUCAGCUGUAUACAUUCCAUGUAAUCGUACAAAGGGUCACAAACGCAGCUCAGCGCAACGCACUCGGAGCAAAUUUGUAAACGACGAUCAAAUAUUCGACGUCACCGGACAAUCCAACAUUCUAACACCUAAAACGUUGAAUGAUGAAUUAGAAGGGAAGUUGAAUAAAAGGGAGCGUUCAAACAACAAAACUUUCAAGGGCACACAAGAAAUUAGUGUAACUGUAUCGCAUACUGAUUUAUCUGUCCAAAGUAGUUUUGAUACUGUGCUCCAAACUACUCCCAGAAGAAGCGUAAAACAACACCGUAGGGGUAAGAACAACAAAUCAGUUACUCAACAGAUGGGUGAAAGUUCGACUGAUGUUCGCAAUAUUUGUCUAAAAUUUGUUAUAAUAGAUGAAAAUUGCUCCGUUAUCAAGGAUGAGCGACUCGAAAAGGUCAUUGUUAGGCACGACGAGACCAUAGGGAAUCUGGCAGCGAAGUUCGGCAAACUCUUCGACCUAGAUGAAAAUAAGCAUAGAGAUAUCAAAAUAUACGUUGAUGGGGAUCUACAACCGCAUGAUAUCGCGAUAGGCAGCGAAAUGCUGGAAAUCGAGGACGGAAUGCAAGUCGAUAUCAAGUUUCCCCAGAAAAAUGCAGGAGAAGGUCUUGUUGCGGUAUCGAAGAGUACUCAAGAGACGGCAGACGACGCACUCAGCAACGUCGUUGGUCACGUUGCAUCGAACGCCUGCGCAACGGAACCGCAUGACUGGGUCUCACGUGCUCUAUUUGAGGAUGUCAUAGAAAUAGAUUAA